CUUGCCGCUGUACUCGUCGACUGCUCGUAGGGCAACGAGACUAAGCCCAAAAGUGCAAGAGCAAUAAAAUGCGCAUCCUGAUGAAUUUUUUGUUUUUUUCGUUUGUCUGAAAUUAAGUGCAAGUUGAAAGUUAGCACACGCACCUAUAGGAAGUUUUUGCCAUUGUAGCAUAGUUUCACUAACGCCACGUCUAAGUGCGUUUAUUCCCGAAUAUCAAAGAAAGAAGAAAACACAAAUUAAAUCAGGAUGCGUUUCUUAUUGCUAUUGUCACUUUUGGCCUUAGUCUCGUUGUCCUACCAGCAAACGUCUAAUAGCACAACUGAGGCAUCCACAACCACAGCAGCUGGUGGAAGUUCGAAUACAACAGCAGCAGAAUCGACAACAACAACGGCGGCAACGUCAACCACUCUGGUACCCUGUACCAAUCCCUGCACGCACGCCUAUAAACCAGUUUGUGGCAUGUACAAUGGCAAAAAGCGUACUUUCGAGAAUCUUUGCAUUUUGAGAGCGAAUAGACGUUGUGCCCGCAAACGAGGUACUUUGGCACGCCUUGGCAUACGCUAUUUAUAUGAUGGAAGAUGUUAGGCUACCCGUUGUCACAAUAAGUUGUUGAAGAAAUAGCCGAACACGAG